AUGGAAAGUGUCCAUGGCAUUGACGUGAGCUGGCUACAUCAUUCGCCUAAAGCGACUGCCACGACUUCUGAACCCACGGCGGCUCCGGGAUCAAAUGGCUCGACCCAGAAGGGCUCAGGCGCGCCUGCCAACGGAUUGAAUGGCCAGUCGCAUUCCUCAGCGCCGUCUACGCCGACCGAGGCAUCAAAGCCGCAUUUGCCAUGGAGAUCAACCCUCCUUAGCCGCUCAAAUUCUGAGAAGCACUCAACCGCCGCUUCGCCCAGCGAAACGUUGCAGUCUGCCCAAGCCGAACCACAAAAACCGCUUCAAAGACGGAAUUCAUGGAUCUCAUCAAUAAGCUCCAAAUUCUCCAGUCCGCAGUCCCACAACAGUAACUCCGCAAAUGGGACGAAUGUCACCAAAACUCUACCAGCGGAGAGCCCGAAAGUCUCUACAUCGCCCAAUAACCCGCCUGAUAUAAAUCCGUUUGGGGCGCCUGUUUCUCCCUCUGCUGCAACGGCAAAAGGUGAAGACAUGACCCCUUAUGUUCCCCAGCCUCCCAAAACCGGACAUCCAUCGUUUCUCACAAAUGCGUUGCGUCGAUUAUCGACUGGUGGACAAACGUCUGGCUCUUGCAAGGCGCCGUCUAAUGGCGGGGUCUGCAAGCGCCGAGUCUUGAACGUGGAUGUGAACCGCGACCGAUGCAAAAUUCAAGAGCUCGAGCCAUCCAAACUAAGACGGGUUGCAUUUUGCGUUGAUGUAGAGAUCGCGGGCGCAUCUCGUUAUACCGAUGAAAACGACCAGGUGGUUGAGGUUAAGAAGAAAAAACAAAAAGAUAGGAAGAUGAAGGAGAAAAGCGAGGGCGAGGCGCUGAAGCAUCCGGAAGCAGUUGUAGUGGAAAAGGAGGAGCUGGGUGUCGUAAGAGCAACUGGCGAACCUGUCGGUGAGGAGAAUGGCUCCCCUCCAAAAUCGAGCGGCGAACCUGAAAAGCAGCCAGAGCCAAACCGGAAGAAGGAGAAGAAGAAGCGAUCCGAAGAGGAGCGCAAGGCAAGACGGGAGCGGAAGAGACGUCAAGCGGAGGCGAAUGGAACUAUUCCAGUGGAAUUCACAAGGGACGGCAAUCGUAGACCCAGUAAUCCAAAAGGCUCUGGGUCAAAGAUGCAGGACCGGCCAACAAUUGAUCCAUUGAGGAUAUACAGACGGUGUUGUCAACUACGGGAGUCGGGAAUCCUGAAGAAGGUUACAGAGCAGCUAUCAUCACCAUCUGCUUGCGCCGCGGCCACGCCAGGGGUAGUUUCAUGCUUGGACCUGUCAGAUUGUCAUCUGCAGCUCUCGGAUAUAAUUACUCUCGGGGAUUGGCUGGCAAUCGUUCCUGUGAAAAAGCUCAUGCUUGAGAAUUGUGCGCUGGGAGAUGAAGCGGUCAGGAUUAUCUUGGCGGGCCUUCUGGCGGUCAAAUCAACGUCUCGUGAUCAAACACGGCAACCUAGCGGACCAGCAGAAUAUCAGGACCACAAGCACGAGGAAACCCAUGGCAUGAUCGAAAAAAUGUCCCUUAAACACAAUGUCAACAUCGGUUCAGAAGGAUGGAGACACAUUGGCCUUUUUUUGAACAUGUCGCGCUCGAUAAAGGCCAUCGAUGUUUCCAUGAAUCCUUUCCCGCGAAUGUGCCAGUCGUGCGGGUCAGGUCCAUUGUUUAAAGGAUCUGGGAAGAAAAGUCCACCGGAAGAUAUGGCCGCCCUCUUCUCGAAAGCCAUAUCUGAGCGAUUAGCUGGCCCCCAGCUUGAGGAGCUUAUCAUGGACGAGUGCGGUCUCAAUACCGAUCAACUAGGCAAAAUAGCGGAUGCAGUCAUCCAAACCGGUAUCAGACGGCUUGGUGUUGCAAGUAAUCAUCUUACCACUGAAGGUCUGGAUCAUAUUCUCCGCUAUGUGCGAUCCGGUAAAUGCGAAGGCCUGGAUCUUGGAGGUAAUGAUCUCAGCGAGCAGCUACAUUUGCUGUCUGAAGCGUUGGAUGAUAAGAUACCGCUUUACGCCCUCAGUCUCGCUGACUGCAAUCUGUCUCCAUCGUCAUUGUCGGUGGUCAUGCCAGCAUUCGUUUCCCUUCCGAAUCUCCGCUUCAUAGACCUCUCCCAUAACCGAAAGCUCUUUGCGACGCAACCAGACGCAUUGAGCUUGCUUCGCAAAUAUAUUCCCAAGUUAAGUCAUCUGAAGAGGCUUCAUCUAGUUGAUGUGUCUCUGACACCAGAGCACGCUAUUGCGCUAGUUGAAGUUCUCCCUGAGAAUGGCAGCCUUGCGCACCUCAAUAUUCUGGAGAAUCCAGCGAUAACUGCUGUCGCCACCGCCAAAGAUGAAGUCGGUCAGGAGGAAGCUUGCGCGCUCUAUGCCUCUCUUAUGGCUGCCACUCGAGUUUCCAAGACAAUAAUAUGCAUUGAUGUGGACGUACCUGGUCCAGAAACUAGCGAAGUCGUCAAGGCACUGGCCAAGCAGGUUGUUGCAUACUGUCUUCUAAACAUGGAACGUGGACCUGUUGCGGAGGCAAUCGACACAUCAUCCGUCGUUUCCCAUGAGCAUCAUGAAAAUGAAAAGGUUUCACACGUUCCUGAGGUAUUACUACAGCUUGUGGGUCACGUGGAAGGGUAUUCAGAGAAUCACGACGAUGAUGAUGCGGCUCCAGACAAUGAUUACGUUCUCGGUGGCACGGGUCUGGUCAAAGCGCUUGGCGUUUGUUUGGGAAAUAAGUCUCUCGACUCUCCACAUCUUCAACCGUCCACCCCUAGUGAACCGGGUUCCUCUCCACUUGCGGUGAUUCAUGGUCGGGGAAGGGCCAAGAACAUGUCUAAGAAUCUGUUGGAGAGCGCACGAAAAAUACGGGUUCGACUGCAACCGGCGUUGGCUCGCGAAGCAAGAGCUGAAGAUGACAUGAAUUACAAACGUUUACUCUUCCUGGAUUCCACUCUCGAACGCAUGAUUCAACGCUUUGAGGAUGAAUACCCAGAAUGUCGCGUUCGGCAACCGGGGGCUGCCCCAUCCCAGCAGCCGUCUGUUGAGGCAAGCUCCGACACGAACAGCAUUGAAGAAGUUUCGCUCAAUGGCGGCGAUCAACAGACUGCAGAUAGUUCUGCCCUGCUGUCCGAGUCAGGCUUGGUUGGUGACGAUGUGGAAGCUGAAGGAGAAGGAGAAGGAGAAGGAGAAUACCACGUCGGUCUCCCUCGACGCGCAUCUGACGUGUCUCUCGCAUCUCGUGCACUGCUUGAAGAAGAAGGCCGCAUGCACCGAUUCGGCCAGCAAGUCCGCCGAGACAUUCUUCGCCCAGAGACCCUGGAUCACGCCCACGGCACAACCGGAGAGGAGCAGGAGUCGGACCAUCUCAAAGUCUUGCGGCAGAAGCUCGAGGCGCUUGAUGGCGAAGAGAUUCGAAACAAGGUUUUUGAAGCAGGCGGCCCUGCCGCCGUCCUUCGCGAGCUUGGCGCCACUGCAGAGCAGUUAAAGACUCUCGAGCACGACGAUCCAGAAGCAUUUCGAAGCUUUCGCGAAGCACAACUGACAGCGCAAGCUAAUGUCGAGGCGCUACGAUCCGCGCAAACCUCAUGA